AUGUCUUACGGAGGCGGCUAUUCUUCUCGCGAUAACCAAAGUGGUCAUUAUGGCGGAAAUUAUCGAGGUGGUGGACACGGUGGUAGCCAUGGAUAUUCUAAUGGCCAUUCCAACAACCACGGAUCUUACGGCGGAGGCUCGUACGGCCAUGGUGGCGGUUCAUACGGUGGUGGCCAUGGCGACAAGAUGUCCAAUCUUGGUUCUGGAUUAAAGCAGCAAGAAUGGGAUCUUACUUCGCUGCCGAAAUUUGAAAAACAUUUCUACAAAGAACAUCCUAACGUGACGAAUCGCUCCACACAAGAAGUUGACGCUUUCCGAAAAGAACACGAAAUGACCGUAUACGGCAAAAACGUUCCUCGGCCAGUUGAAACAUUUGAUGAAGCUGGCUUUCCGCAAUACGUGAUUUCCGAAGUGAAGGCCCAGAAAUUUACGAAGCCUACACCUAUCCAAUCCCAAGGUUGGCCAAUGGCUUUGUCAGGUCGCGACGUUGUUGGCAUCGCUGAGACAGGAUCCGGGAAAACUUUAACCUAUUGUCUACCCGCCAUCGUUCACAUCAAUGCCCAGCCCCUUCUUGCUCCCGGUGAUGGUCCAAUUGUUUUGGUUUUGGCACCAACUCGCGAGCUUGCGGUUCAAAUUCAAACUGAAAUUACCAAAUUUGGGAAAUCCUCGCGCAUUCGAAACACAUGUGUCUACGGUGGUGUCCCAAGAGGCCCGCAGAUUCGUGACCUUUCCAGAGGUGUGGAAGUCUGCAUCGCUACUCCCGGCCGUUUGAUCGAUAUGCUUGAAGCUGGAAAAACCAAUCUCCGUCGUAUUACUUAUCUUGUUCUUGAUGAAGCAGAUCGUAUGCUUGACAUGGGUUUCGAACCUCAAAUCAGAAAAAUUAUUGGCCAGAUUCGCCCAGAUAGACAGACUUGCAUGUGGUCUGCUACAUGGCCCAAGGAAGUUCGGCAGCUUGCCCACGAUUUUCUUCACGAAUAUAUUCAAGUUUACAUUGGCUCUCAGGACCUUUCAGCUAACCAUAGGAUUACCCAAGUCGUUGAGAUUGUUUCGGACUUUGAGAAGCGCGACCGAAUGAUCAAUCAUCUUGAACGUAUCAUGGAUGAUAAAAAAUCCAAGGUUCUCAUAUUUACUGGAACGAAACGUGUUGCAGACGAUAUUACUCGAUUCCUGCGUCAAGAUGGAUGGCCUGCACUUUCAAUUCAUGGUGAUAAACAGCAAAACGAGCGUGAUUGGGUUUUGAACGAAUUUAAAUCAGGCAACAGCCCAAUCAUGGUAGCCACCGACGUGGCCUCCCGUGGUAUUGAUGUUCGCGACAUUAGUCAUGUUUUGAACUAUGAUUAUCCAAACAAUUCGGAAGACUAUGUUCAUCGAAUUGGCCGUACUGGUCGUGCCGGUGCUAAGGGAACAGCCAUUACCCUUUUCACUACUGACAAUGCUAAACAGGCUCGUGACUUGGUCAACAUCCUCACUGAGUCUAAGCAGCAGAUUGACCCUCGCCUUGCUGAAAUGGCCCGCUUCGGCGGAGGCGGCGGUGGAGGUGGCCGUUGGGGCGGCCGUGGCCGAGGUCGCGGCGGCUUCACUGCUUCCAAUGCUGCCCCUAUGGGCCACAAUCGCCGCUGGUAA